AUGAGCAAGCUUCCAAAUCUUGUCGAGGCCAACGCCACGUGUGUGUCAUUCCACACACCUACACAUGGCUCAGCCAACGAGUGGCCUCUGUGGCGGCGACUGUACAAAGUGAUCCAUACUGGCCCGCAUAAUUGGUUCGUAGCGAUUGACUCUGAGACAAGGAGACUGAACAUUAUAUCCACCAAAGCUGCCCAAUCGCUGCUCCUAAGUAUCGCUGCACGCAGUCAAAAGCUGCAACAACAAGGCAGUGCAGUUUCGGCAUUAAGGCUGCAGACUUAUGUGCAAGACCGCUAUGCACUAAUGCAACCGGACUUGCCUGGCAAGACCGUCCUUCAGAAGCUUGCUUUUAUGGGCAUUGCUUUCUACCAUCUCACUGACCUGUACAUCGAUGCCCACUUCGUCAAUGACCAGAGCACUAGGCGACACAUCUUUGCUGAGCUUACAGAGCUCGCGCUAUACGACGACUCUAGCUGUUGUUUGCUAAAGAUCAUUGGGACAAAGAAAUCGGUCAAGCUCGUGGGCCUUAUCCUGCCAUAUUUGACUGCGACUACGCAGUGUGGCCGCAUAUACAGUCUAUCAAACCUGCAAGAGAUGGUCGUCGGCAAUGUACCAUUAUUGUUCGAACAAAUCCCGAGAAUCCUUCGUCUGGAGAAAGUGCAAGCAACAUCACUGUUCCAUGGUGACCCUGGCGCUAUGCUUGCUCCGGUCUCUCUUUCCGAGUACCUUUCUGGCAUGUACAUUACGAACGACGUGGCUGCUGAAACAGCUUUGAACGAAUGGCUACUUGAACAGCGUCCAGACAUGCCGCAUCUGGACCAGUAUCGUCUUGAUCAUUACACACCUACGAAGCAUCCUGCUCAAGAGAACACAGCCAUGGAACAACUUGCAGCGUACUACUGGAGCGAUGAUGAUGAGUAA